GAAAGUUGAGAGCACUUUGGAUAAGUUAUUUGACCCAUUUGCCCUCUAACUACAUCUCGCUUUGGUUACAAUAUCUUUUCUCUCUCAUUCUCAUAUCCAUUCUCUCUUUCUCUCUCUCUCGGCAAAGAAGAAAGCCAAGUCCAGCUUCUUUCUUCCUUCUUCAACAAAUCAUCAGCUUUCUAAAGAAAGAGAGAUUGAACAUUCAGAUGAGGCUAUUUAAUUUUUCCGGUUAAUCGGAUCUCCCGAUUUCUCCGUGUCUGUUUUGAGCUAACUUCAAGGAGACUUUUUUCAGACCACCAACUGGAGCAUCUGUCCGAUCUGGCUGGUUUAGUUACCUGAUUCGUUGAAUCGGCUUUCUGUAAACUCGGGUCUCUCUUGGAUGAGUUUAGUGGGAAAAGAGAGAGGAUCUUUUGGAAUAAAAGAACUGCCAUGAAAGAUCGAUUCUUGGAUAAUCAAAGAUUAUUUGGUUUGGUGCUCGUUAGACAAAUCUUUUACAAUAAUCAAAGAUUAGAAGGUUUCGCCAAAGUGUCCAGAAUUAAACGCAAUCCACUUCAAUCCAAAUCCCAUACUUGAAAAAGUUUAAACACACAAAGAAAUUCAAUUCACGUUCUGGGUUUCUUUAAACUAUGGCGGCUAAUUGGACAAGGGUUAGUUUCUUCUUAGCUUUGGUAAUGACGGUGGCGAUUCUUUCCCCUGCUGUCGUCUCCGGUAGAAAUGCUUUUUCCGAUUUUAAAUCAAUCGAAGACGAAGCAUACGCCGUCGCUUCUGCCGCCGUGAUUAGUGACGAAGACGGGAUCGAAAUUCUUAAAACUUAUUCUAAAGAGAUUAGUAAAGGUAUGCUUGAAUUUGUGAAAGCUAAGACUAAUGUGGCUUCUCCUCCACCAAAGGAUGGUGAUGGAAUUGAAUUAGCUGCAGAUUCGAAGCUUGAUUCAAGUGAAGAUUUUAAAGAAGAUGAUUGCAAAUCCAAAGCUUGACGAGGCUUGAACAUGGUGUUGUUCUCUUAUAAUAGAUUCGUAUGAGAUUAUCUUUGUAGUGUGACUUGUUGAUUUUUCAUUUCUUAGUAAUAUGAAUUUGUGUUUGCUUUGGUAAUUGUGCUCAUUUAUGCUAUAUCUUGAGAUGUUUGGUAAUUAAAAUCAAACUUGGACU